CAGGCAGAAGUAAGGCUUUGAGACGUUAAACAUUUUAACUCUUUCAAAAGGAACUAAACUACCUGGAUCUUUAAAAGGAAGAAAGGGAACAUUAAACCCAGUCCUGAAACUUUUGUUUCAGAUUUUUUCUUUGAGCUUUACCGUAUUAUUUUUUCAUAGAAGCUAACCGGAACAAAGGACACACUCCAAAGACCGCAGUAUUAUUUUUCUAUAACUUUGAGCUUGAAUACUCCUGCCGUUGAUCCUAUAUGUACCUGGAUUUGACACUCAUAACCCGCUGUACUACUAUGGUCAUAAUGGAAGUUCCCACCAUCGACUGCGCGUCCCUUCGUGCUCUAAUGGAGGGCGACGUCCCGGGCUGCUUGGUGCUGGACUGCCGCUCCUUCCUUUCAUUCAACGCCUCUCACAUCUCCGGCUCCACAAAUGUGCGUUUUAGCACCAUAGUCCGGCGGAGGGCAAGGGGUGGGCUGGGGUUGGAGCACAUCGUCCCAAACGAGGACACCAGGAACCGGCUCCUGUCCGGGGAGUACCAGUCCGUGGUGCUGCUGGACGACCGGAGCACGGACCUCAGCCAGGCCAAGAAGGACGGGACGCUGAUGCAGGCUGUUACUGCUCUCUGUCGCAGCCCGUGUGGAGUCAGCGUGUUUAUUCUCCAAGGUGGAUUUGACAGUUUUUCCUCAGAGUAUCCAGAGAUGUGCGCCAAAGCCUCCCCUCCUCAAGGGCUCAGUUUAUCACUGAGCGCCAGAAACCCCGAGAGUGCAGACCCCAAGUGCAGUCCAUGCAACACACCUUUAUAUGAUCAGGGAGGCCCUGUGGAGAUCCUGCCAUUCCUGUAUCUUGGCAGUGCUUACCACGCUUCCAGAAAAGACAUGCUGGACAUGCUGGGGAUCACUGCCCUGAUCAACGUCUCUUCCAACUGUCCCAACCACUUUGAGGACUCCUUCCUGUACAAGAGCAUCCCGGUAGAGGACAACCACAAAGCCGACAUCAGCUCCUGGUUCAAUCAGGCAAUAGAGUUCAUCGACUCUGUGAGAAAUAACGGGGGCCGCGUGUUUGUGCAUUGUCAGGCCGGCAUCUCCCGCUCUGCUACCAUCUGCCUCGCGUACCUCAUGCGCACCAACCGUGUGAAACUUGACGAGGCCUUUGAAUUCGUCAAGCAGCGUCGCAGCAUCAUCUCCCCCAACUUCAGCUUCAUGGGUCAGCUCCUCCAGUUCGAGUCUCAGGUCUUGGCGUCCUCCACUUGCUCCUCAGAGGCAGGAAGCCCAGCAAUCAGCAAGAGCAGCACCGUUUUUAACUUCCCCGUCUCCAUCCCUGUGCACACCUCGUCCGGUCAGCUCACCUUUCGCCACAGUCCCAUCACAACCUCUCCCAGCUGCUGACAGAGGUCCCACCAAAUACAAACUUUGUUUGGACUCCAAAAUCCAAGGGACUCUGCUUGGAGCACUACACAUAAAAUGGUUCAGAUCCAUUUGCCUGUUUAUGGUGAUGCUGGUAUCACCAGAUAGAAUAGGUGCUGUAGCUUGGGGCUAGUUCACUUGACUGCUGACCAAUCCUUCAUAACUUGACCUGAGCAUUUCAGAUGGGAGAUUAGACGACUACCAUAAGGCAGUAUUUACGUUUCGCUUAAUGUGAAAGCGAUCCUCAGUAGGGAGACGCUAAGGAAAAAAAUCUUGCGUAUUCUUCCUUUAAAAGAUGGGUUCUUAUUUUGAUGAAGACAAGUGCUUUUGAUAAUCAUAAUCAUUUUAAACAAAAUGAGAGGGCUACUAGUUAUCUCAGGAAUGCUUUUUUUAAACCUAUCAAAUGUCUUCACUUGUUAAGGAAGCAAUGCAAACCUAUUGCCCAAAAAGGCAUAUGAUUAGGAAUGAGUGUAUACCAUUCUAGAAGUAGAUGUGUCAUAAAAUCUUCAUGUUCGGUUGAGUUGAAUAGGUUGACAAUUAGAAUCCAAAACGUUUUCCCUUUUUUUUUGCCUUCCUAGAUAUCACUGACGAUCAUGACGUGUUGGGUUAACCAACUUUGAAAUACCUCAUGUUUUUGUACUGUGUACUGCAGCAAAACCCCAAAAACUACUAAAACUGGGGACGAAUGUGUCUGCUUGACCAUGUUCUGACAUAUUUAUUGACUAAAUUAAUAUAUUUCUUUAUAACAGCUAUUUUUACAAAUGUUUGUUAAAGAGUUUUUAUAUGUGUGAAUAAAUCUUAUUGAGUUUUUGUACUCAGUUAAAA